UUGCAUAUUAUUGUAUAUUCUCUCCCAACGAUGUCAUCAAGACAAUUAGAUUCAAGAUCAACUUCGUAUAGUAUAGUCAUUAUACUCUUACUCUUUAACAAUUAGUUAUAAGUUAACAUUCGAAAUGUUACCUUCGUUAUUUAUCACACUUUCUGUGUUUUCUAUCGCUCUACUAGAAGCCAAACAUUUGCCAUCUUACAUUGUACCCUGCAAGAAAUCCGAUCCUAACUUAAACACGUGUGCUAAACAACAUGCCAUUGACGCCACAGCUCGUAUUUUGCAUGGUGAUAGAUCCUACAAAAUACCAAGUUUUACACCUUUCAGCAUUCCCCUAAUUGAUGUCAAAGGGACUACUGGUAUAACGUUUCAAUUGAAGGAUUUAAAGCUGUACGGUUUAAACACAACACAAAUUAAAGAUGUGAAUUUUGAUUUGCCAAAUAACCACAUGUACGUUAAGGUUUUUAUACCACAAACACAAACGAUAAGUCAAUAUUUAAUGGAUGGUAAACUUCUUUCGUUGGUCAUCAAGGGUGAAGGUCCUGCAGAAAUUAUAUCAGAUAAUGUAACAGUCGAAUACUUUAUUGAUUACGUACUAAUUAAUAAACCUGAUGGAAAACGAUACGUUGAUGUAGAUGCUCUAAAAACAAAUUUGACUUUAAAUUUCUCCAAAACUCACUAUAACUUUGGAAAUUUGUUCGGUGGCAAUAAACUAUUAGGCGAUAACUUCAAUAAUCUACUAAACGAGAAUCCUAAAGAAGUCGAUGAAAUAUCUGGUGGUACCAACAAAGUGAUUAUUAGCAGUAUUGUAUCGAGUAUAUUUAAUCCUAUUUUUAAAGCUGUUCCGUUUGAUGAUAUUUUUAUAGAUUAAAUUAAUUGUUGAUUUAAAAAGCAUUAUUUAAAUUUAUCCACAUGUAAAACCAUAAAAAUUAAAACGUCAUUAUAGUGAAUGCCCGAUAGAACUGUUAUUUAAUUAUUUUAAUAUAUUUAAAUUGACGUUUUUUAUAGGUUUCUUUUUUAGAAAAAUAUUGUAUUAUUUUUGUGCUUCAACUAUAAU